CAGCUUCAGUGGGUCUUUCUACAGUGUGUGUAAACUAAGGAUUUACAGUGUGUGUGAGAGAGCAGGCACACAUAUAUACACACACACACACACUCUUCCAGAGCUGUGUGUGUGUGUGUAUAUACACGGAUUGUGCGUGCGUGGGGGAUUAGUUAGCCCAAGAGUGAGACGGCACUGGAAUACAAAGUAGAAAUGUGAAGAGGAGAAACUUUUUAAAAACUACACCAACAUGCCAACAGAAGAGUUCCCGUUCUCCCCUGAUGUCUUACCCCCUCUGCUGGAGGUCCCCAUUCUUGAAGGGGCGGUGCUAAGCCAAGGGGCCUUCCGAAACCCCGCCCUCAGACACUGCUCCUCGCUCAGCAUGGAUUCUGCCCAGUGCAACGACCGACCUGUCAGCUACACCUCCACAUCCUCCUCCUCCUCGUCACGGGACAGCAACUGCUCAGCUGUGUUAGGCUCCGCCAUUGUGCGGGACCGAGAUUCUGGGGCGAUCCGACUGGAACUCGUCCCCGCCCGUCAGCUGGAGGAGGCAGAGCCACCUGCACCAGCCAAUCAGGAUGAAGAGCGUAAAGUGGCCUAUGUGGAUCAUGUAGUGCAGGAGAUCCUGGAGACAGAGAGGACAUACGUCCAGGACCUGCAGAGCAUCGUCCAGGAUUACUUUGAGUGUAUCAGUAAUCAGGCUCGACCCAUGUUGGGGUUGGAGGACAGGAAUUCACUCUUUGGAAACAUCCAGGAAAUUUACUGUUUCAAUAGGCAUCUCCUGUAUGAUUUGGAAAAGUGUAACGCAGACCCGGUGGCCAUCGCUCAUUGUUUUGUGGCGAAGAGUGAAGAAUUUCAUAUUUAUACACAGUACUGCACUAAUUAUCCAAGAUCUGUAGCCGUUCUCAGUGAGUGUAUGAGGAAUAAAUCAGUGGCAAAGUUUCUGCGUGAGCGUCAGGAGUGUGCGAAACACUCUCUUCCUCUCGGCUCCUUCCUGCUCAAACCUGUACAGAGGAUCCUCAAGUACCAUCUGCUGCUGCAUGAGAUCGCCACACACCUGGAGAAGGACUCCGAGAGACAUCCUGUGGUUCAGGAGGCUAUCGACACCAUGCAGAGGGUCGCCUGGCACAUUAAUGACAUGAAGAGGAAACACGAGAACACCGUCAGACUUCAGGAGAUCCAGAGUUUACUGACAAACUGGCAGGGUCCUGAUCUGAUUGGUUACGGUGAGCUGGUUUUAGAGGGAACGUUCCGGGUCCAGAGGGUGAAGAAUGAGAGAACGCUCUUCCUCUUUGACAAACUCCUCCUCAUCACCAAGAAACGGGAGGAAAACUAUGCAUACAAGGCACACAUACUGUGCUGUAAUCUGAUGCUGGUCGAAGUCAUUCCUAAGGAGCCACUGAGCUUCAGUGUGUUCCACUAUAAAAACCCGAAACUACAGCACACAGUUCAGGCCAAAUCUCAACAGGACAAGCGAACAUGGAUCCAGCAUCUGAAAAGACUCAUUCUCGAGAACCAUCCGGCAAAAAUUCCAGCCAAGGCCAAGAAGGCCAUUCUGGAAAUGGAUGUGCACCAGUUUAGCCCUGAGGGCCAGAACAGAAUCAACCUGAAAGAAGGUCCUUCACCCAGAAGAGCGCGCAGGAAGACGGAACCUUUGUCCAAACUGCUCAAAAACAAACAUGCGAUAUCCAGUCCAGAUAUACAGAAGCGAAGCAGUUUUGGUGCAACCCUUCUGUCACCUGUAGUCCAUCUGGGCACCAUUGGUCGAUCCCGUAGCCUCGUCAGCCAGUCACAGGAAUCGCUGGACCCUGGCGACCAUGGCGACCACAGUGACGUAGACGAGGGGUUACAUCCACAGGAUGCUGACGAUGAAGAUGACAGUGGACUGGGCUCUGGAGGUAAGCUACGUGUACCUGGAAAGAGUAGCAGAAAGAGGCUAAAUGCCCAGGUAUCAGUGGACAGCAUCGACCAGUGGAAGAACCAUAGCCUUGACCAUAUUGAUCUACAGACAGCCAAAGAGUCUCUUCAGAAAGAGACAGUGCACACACCUAUCUUACGGGUGACCUGUCCUUCAGAAACACGGGUUGAUGAUCAAUUUUCCCAGUUGCUGGGUAGAAGCAGUGGACAUUCUGUCCCAAAUAUAUGGGCGGACCACAGGGUGCGUCGAGCCAUGUUCCCUACUCGUCAAAAGACUGUCCAAAUUGAUGACGAUGAAGACAUUUAUCAGAUGUUUGUUCCAACUGAAAAUGACACAAGUGGGCAUGAUGCAGAAAGCGAUCAUGACGCAGUUGAUGAUCGUCCUGGACGCCCGUGCAGCUGGCAUGUUGAACAGACAAAGUCAGGGCAGUUAGACCUCCCAGCCAGCAGGGGAAAAGUUUUACGGAGGGCAAGUAGUGUUGGAGAGCAGCAGAGCGAGCGACAAAGUCCUACGAAGAGAGCUGCCCUCAAAGAAGAAGUACACGAUAAUACAGAGUCAUCAAGUAAUGAGAUAUCUGGAUCUUCCUCAGCAGAACAGCUAACAAUUGAUGAUAUUGAGAAUGUUUAUGACAAUAUUAGCUAUGAAGAACUGCAGGCCAUGGGACUGAUUCGGAAGGAUCUGGAGGUUAAUCACUCCUCAUCAGAAGAGAAACCAGUUGUACCUCCACAAAUCUUAGUUUCUCCAGUUGAAUUCAAGAGCUCCUCUGAAAGCAACAGGUCUUCAGGUCAAGAGGGAGCACCAUUUGAAUCUGCUGUGCAGACACCCGAUGAAGAGGAAAAUGUCUAUGAUACCAUUGUGUUUCAUGACCUGCCACCUUCGGUCUCUGAGAAAGGAAAAGGAAAUGAACAAGCAGACAAACAGGAUUACCAGCACUCACCCAUGAAAGACUUGACAUUUAGCCAGAACACAGGAACUGUUGUUAUAGAUGAAACACCAAAUCUGGAGUACAGCAAAGCAACAACUCGACCCCUUCCUCAGAUUCCCACUGUUUCAAUUACUGAUAUGGACAGACCAUCAACUUUGGAUAAAACUUCCGAGCAAUCUGUGGCUGAUCACAUGUCAGAGCAAGUUGAUGAGAUCUGGAAUGAUUUGGAAAAUUACAUCCGGGAUAAUGAAAAGAAACCAGACAAGCUUCCUGCUGCAUUCCCUGUCAAUAGACCAGAAUCCCCACGCAAGAUUCGUGAUUCUCAAGGUAAAAAGGAAAGUUCUUUGGAUAAAUUACACAACUCUCCAACAAAGGCAGUCAAAUCUCAGCCAAAAUCACAAGAAUCUCAAGAAAAGACACGGAAAUCGCAUCAAUCUCCUAGCAAAAAAUGUAGUUCUGGACGCAAAACUACUGACUCUCAAGUCAAAACAGAUGUUGCAAAGAAGGUAAAGAAAAGCACAUCAUCACCCAGUUCUCCAGCCUUCCACCCUAUUCCAACAUUUAAAUUUCCAGUGCUCAGUGUUCCCAAACUUGUGCGAGAACCUACAUUUGAGAUUGAUGAGCCUGAAUCCCCUCCUUCAACACCUCCUGCUACACCUUCUCAUUCCCAGGUCUCCACCUCUGCUCCCCAGGUCUCCACCUCUGCUCCCCAGAUCUCCACCUCUGCUCCCCAGGUCUCCACCUCUGCUCCUCGGGUAUCGACCCAGGUCUCCACCUCUGCUCCCCAGGUAUCAAUCCAGGUCUCGAGCCCUGCGAUCCAGGUCUCAAGCCCCGCUCCCCAGGUCUCUUGCCCCGCUCCCCAGGUCUCGGGCCCCGCUCCCCAGGUCUCGGGCCCCGCUCCCCAGGUCUCGGGCCCCGCUCCCCAGGUCUCGGGCCCCGCUCCCCAGGUCUCUUGCCCCGCUCCCCAGGUCUCGGGCCCCGCUCCCCAGGUCUCGUGCCCCGCUCCCCAGGUCUCGAGCCCCGCUCCCCAGGUCUCGAGCCCCGCUCCCCAGGUCUCGAGCCCCGCUCCCCAGGUCUCGAGCCCCGCUCCCCAGGUCUCGAGCCCCGCUCCCCAGGUCUCCACAUCUGUUCCACAAGUCUUGAACCCUUUACCUCAAGUCUCCAACCCUGUCAGCCAAGUCUCAAGUCCUGUUCCCCAUGUCCAAGUCUCCUGCCCUAUUCCUGAAAUCCAAAUCUCCAGCCCUGAACCUCCACCUGGCACAGUCAAGAGCAUUCGGAACAAAUUAGCUAGGCUUAGCAGUGGAAGUUUCCGCAUGGAUGAUGAGGAUCCUCCUACACAGAAAGACCCUGAGCUGCAAACACUGUUUAGUGGUCUGGACCCUGCUUUCUUACCUCUGACAUCUUCUGGUCUUCUUUUGGCUGGAGAUGCUGGCGACCAGCUUCUGGAUUUAGGGGAGAAAGGUAGAAACAGAGUAUUCCUUAUGGCAAGACAAUACAGCCAGAAGAUCAAGAAGGCGAAUCAGCUGUUGAAAAUGAAGAGCAUGGACCAUGAGCCCAGCUGCACAAGACUCAGGACAAACAAGGCAAAAGAUUUAGCUGCGAUUCUGGAAGAGAAAAAGCAAGGUGGAGCUGCUAUAGGAGCAAGGAUAGCUGAGUAUUCUCAUUUAUAUGAGCAAGUGAUGUUUAAGGAGCCUUCUACUACUACUCCAGUGCUGAAAUCUUCAGCUAGCGUGUCAGGACCUCACCCGUUGUACUCACGCUCAAGUUUGGCUUCCUCCCCAUCUCUACCUGAGAGUGCUUUCCCAGAGACUGACUGGUUAAACUGCACCUACAGCAAUGGCGAACUUGCUGGCUUUGUGUCCUGGCCUGCUGAAGUUGAAGGGUGCUCUUCGACCCCUCAGCAAAAGUUGUCUCCUGCAAUAUCUGCCCCUCCCUUGAAGAACCUUCCCCCACCUCUGAGCACUCCAUCCAAUCAACGCUGGAGUGGCUGUGUGACUCCAGCCAGCAAAGAUGACUCUGAACAUGUUUAUAGCACAUUGGGGCAGCACAAUUUUAAAACUCCACUCUAUAGCCGCUGUCAGUCCUCGUCCUCGUUGGCCGAGCAGCAAGAGAAAGAGAACAGCAGGAGUUUUGGAAAUCUGGGACAAACCAGUCGUCCAGGAGAGGAUGCGAUUGCAGGACAUGGUCUUGGGCCUCGGCAGCGCAGCCUUCCUGAGAGUCCUGCCCACACGACCUCGGACCUUUCCCAGUCAUGUGAUCUCACACUAAGGGACUCUCAGCAAGUGCUGGUGCUGGACAGACAGACAAAUCUGAAUGCGAUCAGUGCCACACAGAACUACCUGGCCAAUUUCAAAGACAACGGCGAUGAUGAUGAUGAUUAUGUCGAAAUCCGAUCUGAGGAUGAGAGUGAUGGCAUGGAAAAGGGCUGUACAGUGAGCCCACAAUCAGCUCUGCACAGCUAUGUCUGGAAUGACCCCGAUGACAGUCAGCAAGCACUCAAUCAGCCCAAAAUUGUCCAGUCACUGCGAGAGAAGUUCCAGUGUCUUGGUUCCAGCAGUUUUGCAUAAGGAAUGGACACUACUGGAGUUUAAUUCUACCUGGAGUUGCAAAGAUAAAGGCAAUUGAAUAUUACCACAUGGAAAAUGUUACAUGAUAAAUUAUAGGAUUACGACAAGUUAGGUAAACGAUUUGCAUCAGAGCUUCAGUGGAUCUUAAGUCCUUAGUAUAUGCACUCACAAUUCACUCAAAUAUGACACCUCGUAUUUUUCAUUCAUAUAAUAACUGGUAAUGCACUAAACACAUUUUGCCAUAAGUAUAGAUUCAAAUAAAAGAUUUCCUGUUUAAAUUCCUUUUUUUUAUAAUGGUAUUGAUCUUGACUUGAACUUGCAUGAUUGGGCUGAGGACCGUCUAUCAGUCUGAGAGAGUUUCUUUUUAAGUGUUAAGAUUUUUCAUCAGAUUUUAGCACUUCCUUUCUCAAGCCACAACCUAGCAGCCAUUUUGCUAAGAAUUCCACCGCAAAACAUUUCAGGUAGCGUUUGAAAAAUUUUAAUUUGUUGAUCUAACUUAACGUUUCCGCAACCAUUGACGCAAAGCCGAUAUAUUAGUGGCUGUCCGUAAUCGAUCAGGCUGCCUUUACAGUUGCUACAUAAAGAAAAUUAGGUUGUUAUCUACUGUUACCGGUUAUGUCUGCAUGACCGUGUGUUCUCAAAGGCCAAAAAUACAUUAAAAAUACACAUAUAUUUUACUAGGUAUUAAUAGGAAUCAAUAUAUACUGUAUAUAAGCCAUAGAUAUAUUUUAGAUAGUUUGAUAAAGGAGGCCUAUCCAUGCUUGCCAUUGGUCAGAUAAAGUUUUUUCUUGAUAUGUUUCUGUUUGCCUCACAUUUAAAGUAUACGCCUGACUAAGGCUUUAAGAGAAAUUAUUUAGUACUGUCAUCAAUAAGCAAUAAGUCAUAAUUUAGGCUAAUUUUAAAUCAUUACUGAGAGGACCAGGUUAGCACCAGGUUACUUACAGACUCACAGUAAGAACUGUUGUAUAUUUCAUUUAGGCAUUUCUGCUUUUGUUCAAAAAGUUUCACAAUCACUUGCUCUCACUGUCCAACCCCACAGAUUUAUCACUAGUUAAAUUACUUUAACAAAAAACACUGGUUCUUCACACACACAUCGUUUGUCACUCGUUUGACACGUUUAGAAUCACAUUAAAAUUUUUCAGAUUUUUAUUUAUUUAUUUGCUUUUAAUUGCCGUCCUGUUUGAGAUAUUCCAAGUCUAACGUAGUAAUAUUUAUUAAAUAUCUACUGUCAGUAGCAAUAAUUUGGUUUAAGUUGUUUACAGUUAUUGUCGAUUUUCUUCCCCACGAGCACUGAGCAAGACUAUCGCCAUAUUGGAACAAAUAAAUAAAGAUAGAAUUAUUAAAAUCCAGUUAUUAUCUUCAGUGAAAAUGUACCAAAUUGGUAAAAAAAAAAUUAUAUAUAUAUAUAUAAAUGAAGUAUGUUUAUAAGUUCCAUGUUUUUUGUUUUUUUGUACAUUGUUCCUUGUUUCACUGGGGAUUGCUAUCAUUUGUCCAUCUGGUUUGCACUUUUUUUAUUUUUAAUUUUUUAUUGCUUUUUUAUUUGUUAUGAUGUACAUUUUAGAUUGUCAUUGAGUGUUGCCAUAGUUUUGCUCUGUCUUAAUUUUAAAUUAAAUGUACUGUAUCUUUUGUUUUUAUAAAACUGCCUAGUUGUAACUGCUCAAGGAAACUGAUGUAUCAAAGGCAAUAAAUAAAAUUUCAGUUCAAA